UGAGGCCGAACUGAAGCAGGACAUCAGUGUCUGCUGCUCACCUCAUCAUGAAGUUUGUGAUCAUCGCCGCCCUCGUCGCCGUGGCCUUCGCCGCCCCCGACAGGCCCUACAACACCUAUGGCUCCGGAUCCAGCGAGGAGGCAGAGAUCCUGCAGCACGACUUCGUUCUUGAGGACGACGGCAGGUACAACCUGGACGUGAAGACCAGCAACGGCAUCUCUGUUUCCCAGCACGGCAGCCCCGACGGCCCCAAGGGCGCCGUGGUCAAGAGUGGAGUGUUCUCCUACACCGCCCCUGACGGCACCCCCGUUCAAGUCAAGUUCGUCGCCAACGAGCACGGCUUCCAGCCAGAGUCUGACCUGUUGCCUGUGGCUCCCGAGUUCCCCCACCCCAUCCCCCAGUUCGUGCUGGACCAGAUCGCUAAGGCUGCCGAGGAGGACCGCAACCGCUCUCCCGAAGACAGAUACUCCUAUGCUUAAACGCCUUAGAUCACCUGGACGUCACAGUACGUCCAAAGUUGACCAGUGGCUGCUAAGACAUAUUCCGACUCCACAUUUUCUUCUAAGUCUUCAAGAAUUAAUAUAAUUUCUUUUUCCAUUGAAAAUGUAAACUAGUGCGUGCGUGUCUGGAGGGAUGGACUGUUUGUCCAACUUCCAUUAUGUGAGUGAAUGUUGUGUCGCGUAUUUAUUUGAUAUCUAAUAAAGCAAAGAUAUAUU